AUGCCUGAAGAAUCACCAUUGUCUAAACCGUUCCAGCUUGGAAACAUCUCCUUAGCCCACAGGGUAGCAUUGGCUCCAAUGACCAGAAUGAGAGGAAUCAAACAAUCGGGACAUCAUAUUCCUGGAGAUUUGGUUGUGGAGUACUACAGACAAAGGUCUUCUGAGGGGGGUCUUCUGAUCUCGGAGGGAUGUCCGAUUUCUGCAGCUGGUGAUGGAUUUCCAGGUUCACCAGGUAUCUAUACUUACGAACAAGCUGUUGCGUGGAGACGAGUUACGGAUGCGGUUCACAAGGAAGGUGGAAAAGUAUACUGCCAAUUGUAUCACGUUGGAAGGGGAACAGUUGCUCAGAUAAUAGGUGGAAUCCAACCCAUCUCUGCGGUCUCAACUCCUAUCAGAGGACAUUCGUUCGUUCCGGGUAUCAGCUUUUCAGACGCGCCUCCGAGGGCCAUGAUUGGUCCAGACUUCAACGAAGUCCUCCAACAGUUUGUUGCUUCAGCAAAGCUUGCAAUUGAUGUUGCUAACUUCGACGGCGUUGAGGUGCAUGGCGCCAACGGUUACCUUUUGGACCAGUUUUUCCACGACAAUGUAAACACUAGAAAUGAUGAGUAUGGAGGCAAGAGGAUUGAAGACAGAGCUAGAUUUCCCCUUCAGGUUUUAACAGCAGUUAUUGCUGCCAUUGGGGGUGGUAAGACUGGAUUUCGUCUGUCUCCAUAUAACACCUUCCAAGAUACCGAAGAUUCCGAUCCAAACAGUCAUUGGACUUAUAUUUGUCAACAAAUCGCAAACCUAGAGGAGACUGUUUCAUACGUUCACAUGAUUGAGCCGAGGUUUAACGGAAAUGUGGAGGAAAACGAGAAUAAUCGUUUUUCGAAAUCACUGGAAAGAUCUUUAGUUCCUUUCAGAGAUAUAUUGAAGACUCGAGGAAUUGCAUUCAUCGCUGCCGGAGGGUACAGCAAAGAGGAUGCCACACAGAAAGUGUCCGCAGGUGAAGCAGAUAUCGUUGCAUUUGGUAGAUACUUCAUUUCGAAUCCAGACUUGGUUGAAAGGCUUGCAAGAAAUCUGCCCUUAUCUAAAUACGAUAGAUCUUCCUUUUAUGGCGCCGAGUCUCCAGAGAUUGGAUAUACCGACUAUCCUUUUUUUGAAGAGCCUGGCUCGAGCAAAUAG